AUGGCACCAGGAUUGCCCUCCCGCAAAAGGAAGGUUCUUUCAGAACCCGCUCCUGUCGACGACGAACUUGCCGGCGUCGAGCUAGAAGGCGUCCUUUCCCAGAGCGAAGAUGGAUCUGACUUCGAGGCCAGCGACAUCGAAGAUGAAUUAGAUGGCGACUUUUCCGACCAAGAUCCAGACGAGGAGGACGAUGACGAAGACGAAGACGAAGAUGCGCACAGCGAAGAUGCCUCUUCCGACGCGGACGACACUUUCGGCGCACCUCCUGCACUCGACGAUGAUGACUCGCAACCGAAUUAUCGCGUUGUCAAGGAUGCCAAUGGAGGGGAGCGGUAUGAGUACGCUGAAGUCGAUGCUGUCUACGAUAGUGACGACUCGGAUGCUCAAGGACCCGUCAACACCAUUGGAAACAUUCCUCUAUCGUUCUAUGACUCCUACCCUCAUAUCGGAUACGAUAUCAAUGGCAAAAAGAUCAUGCGCCCAGCCACUGGAGAGGCUUUGGACGCCCUCCUUGACAGCAUUGAGAUCCCCAAGGGCUGGACUGGCUUGACAGAUCCUGAGACCGGAAAGCCUUUGGAUCUGACUCAAGAUCAGCUCGAGCUUCUUAAACGACUACAAAUGAACGAGGUUCCUAACGAAGGAUACGACCCAUACCCCGACAUGGUGCCAUAUUUUACUAGCAUUGAGGAGAAGAUGCCUCUUAGUGCUGCUCCCGAGCCCAAGCGGCGAUUCGUCCCCUCGAAGCAUGAGGCGAAACGAGUUGCUAAGCUUGUACGAGCCAUCAAGGAGGGCCGCAUUCUGCCCUACAAGCCCGUGGAGGAGCGUCAGCGAGAAGAAGAGGAGAAGGAGGAAUCUUACUAUGAUGUGUGGGCGAAUGAGGAGCCUCAAGAUCCUCAUGUGAUGAACAUCCCAGCCCCCAAGCUCGCCCCUCCUGGAUACGAUCUCAGUUACAACCCCCCACCUGAGUACUUGCCUACUGAGGAAGAGAGAGAGGCUUGGAACAACCAAGACCCCGAGGAGAGAGAAAAGGAGUACUUGCCUGCCAAGUUUGACUCAUUGCGCAAAGUUCCCGGCUAUGGCGAAUUCGUCAAGGAGCGCUUUGAUCGUUGCUUGGACCUUUACCUGGCGCCUCGAAUCAGGAAGAACAGGCUCAACAUCGACCCUAACUCGCUUCUGCCCAAGCUUCCCCGACCUGAAGAUCUCAAGCCAUUCCCCACGCUAAACCAGACCAUCUUCCGCGGUCACGAUGGCCGGGUGCGCUCAGUAUCGUUCAGCCCUGAUGGCGAAUUCGUGGCAUCCGGCGGUGAUGAUGGUACAGUUCGUGUUUGGGCUCUUAACGGUCAUCAAGAAUGGAUGGCAAAGAUCCACAGCGAAGAGCCUGUCAACAUGGUGCGAUGGCGCCCUAACAAAGAGACCUUCAUCUUGGCGGCUGCCGCUGGCGAAGAUCUUUUCUUCAUGAUUCCUUCAGUCGCGAGCGAUGCGAUGGAGAAGACAAGCCGCGAAGUUCUCGAUGCUGGCUUCGGCUAUGCAACUAACGGCGCACAAUCUAGUGCCACCAACGGCGUGACGAAGGAGCCCGCGGCCAAAUGGACGCGGCCCGGAGCCAAGCUGGAGGCUGCUGGUGUACUCCUCAUGGCCACUGUCAGAUCGGCCAUCAAGGUUAUCAACUGGCACAGACGCGGCGAGUUCAUUUGCACAGUCUCCCCAACCGGACAACGAAGCUCAGUCGCCAUUCAUACACUUUCCAAGCACAUGAGCCAGACUCCUUUCCGAAAGCUCCCUGGUCUUGCUCAGACAGCUCAGUUCCAUCCCUCAAGACCCCUAUUAUUUGUUGCUACACAGCGCAUGAUUAGGUGCUACGAUCUUCCACGUUCAGAACUUGUCAAGGUUGUCCAGCCCGGUGCUCGAUGGAUCUCCUCCUUCGAUGUCCACCCCGGUGGUGACAAUCUCAUUGUCGGAUCUUAUGACCGAAGACUUCUGUGGCACGAUCUUGAUCUGUCUACUCGUCCUUACAAGACAAUGCGAUUCCACCCUGAAGCCAUUCGAGCCGUCAAAUACCACCGCACCCUGCCCCUUUUCGCCGACGCCAGCGACGAUGGAACAUUGCAAAUCUUCCACGGCAAGGUUGUCAGCGAUCUCAUGGAGAACGCUACUAUUGUACCUGUCAAGAUGCUUAGAGGCCACAAGGUUAUCAACAAGUUGGGUGUUUUGGAUGUGGAUUGGCACCCUAAGCACCCAUGGAUCCUUAGUGCUGGUGCAGACGGAACAUGUAGGCUCUGGGCAUAA